CUCGGCUCCCCAUAUGCGCUGGUCGAUUUUUUCACCGGCAUACCCGUUUUGAGUGUCAUUAGAUAGACUGUGAUUGGUCUAUGCUCUAGUUUCGCAUAAUAUUUUAAAUUAUCAGGAUUAUUAUUAUACAGUGUGGGGUUGGGCCGGUAUAAAGCAACCAGCGUGUGAAGAAACGGGCAUUCUUAAAUUUUGCUUUGCACUUAGUACAACGGUAUUGUUGUUGCAUCAUAACCAACAUGUACAGAUUGAUACUCUUGGCUUCCGUCAUCUGCGCAGCUCGCGCGGGCGUAGUAGGACUUCAUGGUUACGGCGGCUACGGUGGCUACGGUGGCUACGGUCUGGGUCUAGGGCAUGCAGUAGCUGCGCCUGUGGCUGUAGCGGCUCCCGUAGCUGUUGCUGCCCCAGUUGCUGUCGCUCACGGCGCUACGUCCUAUCAGAACAGCAACCUGAUCUCUCUGCACCCCACGCCUGUUGUCACUAAGGUUGCCGCACCUGUGGCUGUUGCGCCUGUUGUGUCCAAAGUCGCUGUGGCGGCACCUGUUGCUAUAGGAUAUGGCCAUGGACUAGGACUUGGACAUGGUUUGGGAUUAGGCUAUGGACAUGGACUAGGAUAUGGACACUAUUAAAACUCCUCGACUGACAAGUGUUACAAACACAUAGAAGAUGAUUAUGAGUGAGAUGAGCAACAUUGUGAAAUUUUAUUUAUUUAUUCAAUAAAUCCU